AUGACAUCAACAAUUUUGCAAGACAUCCAACAGAAAAAUACUAAGGAUAAAUAUUGUGAUCGAGAUCCAGCAGUUGAUCAUCAGUUCUACAAUUAUUUUAAUCAAACAUCCACAAUGAGUCUCUUUAAUCCUCAACAAAUCAUCGCACAUCAAACUGCUGCACUGUUAUCAGCAUGGCAAUUUCAUGGAAUCCCAUAUCCACCACCAUUAUUUAACGGAUGGCCAUUAAUGCAACCAGUUCCAUUCGAAACAAAGCCAAUAAUUUCACCAAUUUUAAAUCACAGUCAGGAGAAAAUGAAUCACAGCAAUAACAACAAUUAUUUAAUUGAGAAUCACAACGAGAUGAAAGAAAAUGUAAUGAAUAAGAAGAACAUGAGCUACACAUCAACAUCUACACCAAUUUCAAGUCCCUCACAUUCGAGUGAUUCAAUUGAAAGUUCAGAGCACAAGAAAGAUCAUCCAAAAGCAAAAGUUUUUGCAUGUAAAGUCUGCGACAAGACAUUUGGAUACAAGCACGUGCUACAGAAUCACGAGAAAAUUCAUACGGGUGAAAAAAUGUACAUCUGUACAGUAUGCAACAAGAGAUUUCGUCGUGAUCAUCAUUUGAAAGUUCAUAUGCGUUUGCAUUCCGGUGAACGUCCUUAUUCCUGUACAUUCCGUAAUUGCAAUAGACAAUUUGUACAAGUAGCAAAUUUGAGACGUCAUAUGAAGACACACGACGAGAAAGAGAAGAUGUGUGAUGAAAAAAUUAUGAGAAAUGAAAAUUGUUAUGAAAUUUCAUUAAAAAAGCAAACAAAUUUUGAAUAUUAUUCGAGAGUAGAGCAGUAUCAGACGUCAGUUGAGAUGCCAGAGCAAACAGAACCCGAGGAUCUUUCCAUGAAUGCAUCUAGAAAGAGAAAUUUACUCGGGGAGAUGGAGACAUGUGGGAGGAUAUAG